UGGCAGCUUUGUAAGAGGAGAGAGAGAGGAGUGACCAUUGCCAACGAUGGCUUCGUCUUCUUUUCACUCUUUCGCUACUUUCCGACAGUUAUCAGUUCCCUAUGGGCAACGGCCCUUGGUGCCCUACAUCAGACCGAUUCCAAUUCUGCGCCGUCGCUCCUCGCCUCGCCGCCCUGUCGUCGCCUUCUCUCGCCGCCGGACCAAUAGACCGGUCACUUCUUCGAAGAAUAGCAAGAGCAAGCAACAAUUGCCUCAUAAGGAUGUCACUGAGGAGGAGGAUCUAGAUGAAGAUGUUUUUGAGGCACUCUUUAGCCAGCUGGAAGAAGAUCUUAAAAAUGAUGAUCCAUCACUUGGUGAUGGUGAUGGUGAAAUAAGUGAGGAGGACCUUGCAAAGCUUGAGCGAGAGUUAGAGGAGGCACUGGGGGAUGACGAACUAGUGGGGGCAUUUAUUUCACCUGAGGAUGAUGAGUUCAAUGAUCAAGAUGAAGAAGGUGAUGAUGAAGAAAAAUUACCCAAGCUUAAAACUUGGCAACUUAGAAGAUUGGCUUAUGCUUUGAAGAAUGGUCGGCGCAAAACUAGUAUCAAAAAUCUUGCUGCUGAUGUAUGUUUAGAUCGAGCUGUUGUCCUCCAAUUACUUCGGGAUCCCCCUCCAAAUCUUUUAUUGAUGAGUGCUGCUUUACCUGAUAAACUCAGCUCAGUAAUCACAGAGGCAGAAAGUAAAUCUCUGGAAGCAGUACCUUCUGAAACAUUAGCAGAUGAGGCACAACCUGAAGCUGUGGUGAAAGGGCCAGUUCAUGUGAUGCAAAGCAGUUGGUCUGCUCGGAAGAGACUGAAGAAAGUGCAAGUUGAAACCUUAGAAAGAGUUUAUUGUCGAACAAAGCGCCCCACUAAUGCAAUGAUUAGUAGCAUUGUGCAUGUGACAAAUCUGCCUCGUGCUAGAGUUUUGAAAUGGUUUGAAGACAAACGUGCUGAAGAUGGGGUUCCUAGCCAUCGCAUCCCAUACCAACGACUAUAUUGAACUAGAUUAUGUGGGGCUAAAACUUUUGCCUCACCCUGUAGCACUUGAAGGGGAGGGGAUACUACUACUUCGCUAAGUUAUGCAUUUUCUUUCGAGAGGCAAGGGUCACCAGGACUACUAUAUAUAGGAGGAUAGGCUUUCCUCUGGGGGACUUCUGAGUCUCAUGAAGCAUAAACUAGAAGCAACCGAAGGACUCAGAGAGCUAAGAAAAUCUGUGUAUUAUAUCCACCUCUGACAGAACGCAAUGGAUGAGCUGGUGAAAUGGAGAGCAGCUGAUGAAUCCCUCCUGCUUCGCAUCAACGACCAUCAACCUACCACAUCUCAGCCUUCUACAUCAUGGUAUUAUCACUUUCUCGACAAACUAGUGACCCGUUAUUCUACAAUGAAUGCUUAGAAUUCAUAAUACUCAAGACAUUUAUUUGCUAUGCCGUGACUGUUACCCAGAAAUUUUUGAUUUUAUGAACCUGGCUCUUCCACUCCUUCUCCGUGUUUGUGUUGUUAGUACUUGCAACAAGCUGGAAAAUGGUGACAUGCUCGUGGUGCUUGAAUCUUUGUUUAAGUUGCUCUUCAGAUGUGAGUGUUUGAGACUAGCUAUAAUCUUUGGAACGAACUUAUUCUAUGUAUUUUGGCCAUUCUUUGUUGUUGAUUAGCAAAUCAGCAUAAAUUAGAAGGGGCUUUCAAUUUUACUCA